AUGAUUUUGUUUUACUUGAUAUUCGCCGUUUUAUCAACAACAAACAUUUUGAAAAAUCCUUCUUUUGAACAGUACACCGUCAACAAUCCAGACAAUUGGGACGUCAGUGGUACAGUUUCGAUGUCCACUGAACAUAACACAGGCACACGCUCUGUCAAGUUAAUUGGGAGUUCUACAACAAAUCAGAUUCGACAAGCAGUACAACUUGAGGUUGGGUUUCAAUAUUCAUUUUGUGCUUGGGUGAAAGCGUCUUCUUUUUCACAUGGAAUAGAGAUAUGUAUAGAAGGGAUGAAGUUAAAAAGUGAUGGUACUGAAGAGUAUACUGGGUGGUACUCAGAAACCCUAUCGCAAACUUCAGGCUUUGAAAAAUUAUGUGUCUUCACGGAUCCCAUCAAAAGUGCUGAAUACACGUAUGAGGCGAUAUUAAUAUCACCAACACAAGACAGUGGUGUUGGUUAUGUUGACGACGCCGAGGUCUCACUUUUUCUCAAAUGGCUUCAGAAGGUCGAGGUUGUUUCAUAUCGACAAGAGGUGAUGGAUUCGGUAACAGAAAUUCGUGUCAUUGUAGGAACAAAUAUUUCUCAAAGCGCGGACUUCAGCAAGUUUUCUCUAGACGUCUAUUUUGUGGAGGGGGGAGUUGAAAAACUCCAAAAGACUGUGAGUGUAUCAUCUAGUACAAUUAAUUUCACUGUGAAAAACACAAUAACACAACACGGUGUUGUGACAUUAAAAGUUGUUUUAAAGAACAGUAUAUAUGAUAUAGAAGACACUCUUUCGACGGAUUUCAAGAGAAUAGCAACUAUUAAACGACAAAUAGAAGUCGAUGAAUAUGGCAGAAUAAUGGAAAAUGGAGAGCUAGUAUUACCUAUAGGGUUAUACUACUCAACUGUUGGAAAUACAGAACUUAAAGAGCUUGAGGGGAUGAAAAUAAACACUAUUGUGCCUUAUGAUGGGAUCAGUGUUGAGACUUUGGACGAGAUGAAAACCAGAUUUGGCGACACGUUGAGAGUGUUUAUAGCAGUACACCUCUAUUAUUCAUACCUUUCUAAUACAUGUGAACAAGGAAGAAAUUUCGAAGAGGAGUAUCCCAAAUUGGUUGACACUAUUAAGACGUAUAAAGAUCAUUCAAAUGUAUUUGGAUGGUAUGUCAACGACGAGACGGACAUCUGUGCUCUUAAAGAAUUAAUAAACGUCACAGAGACUAUCAGAAAUAUGGACGUUAAUCAUCCAUGUUAUUCCGUGUUUUACCAAAUGAAAAAUGUUUAUGAGUAUUUACCAUCUUUGGACUUGUUUGGAAGUGACACAUACCCUGUUAAUGUCACUGGAGAGAGUCUUAGAAAUGUUUUUGACUUACAUAAAAAGGCAAUAGAUAGUGUUUUUGGCACACGAGCCACUAUUCCAGUGAUUCAAAUUAUGGACUGGACGUGGUAUGCAAAGAAAGACCCGGUCACUUUUAAAGAUAGAUUAUACGCCCGACCACCCACCGAGCAAGAAGUGCGCGCAAUGACUUGGAUGACAUUUGCUGGUGGAGCAAAGGGGGUGUUUUAUUUCUCAUAUUAUGAUAUCAAGAGAAUGGACUACAAAACACCAUUCACACAAAGUUGGGAAGAGUUGAGACAUGUAGUUGCCGAGGUUGAAAAGUACAAAGACUUUAUAUUGGAAGUAAACUUACUUAAUAACAUUCAAGUUUCGAAAGAAGAUGAAGUGGUAUACAAGAUAGCACGAGUGAAGGACAGUGACUAUAUUUUAGUUGUCAACAUGGAUGACAAAAGAACACAUGGAUUUAGUGUUGAAUUGAGUGAACAAGAGAAUUGGACGACUCUGCUCGGGAGUAGUAAUGUUAAAAUAGAAGGUAACAAGAUAGAGAUAGAAGUAGGUCCAAUAGACGUUUUGUUACUUAAAGGAGAAAGAAAUUUUGUUCGACCAAUAGGAAUACUACUCUUUUUAGUCAUAACGUUUUUGGUCUGA